UCCGGAUAUCAUACGGACGCAUUGCAUCCGAUAAAGAACUACCUACUACGCAUUAGCUCGGCCUUGGCGAAAAUUCGAGACUCGCAUAUGACGAAACUUUGAAAGUUUUAUUCUCGUCCAUUCGCCUCUCCACCAAGCUUAAAAACAUAGCACAUAUUAUGACGAUGUGUGCGACUACCUAGUAUAACUCCAUGGCUGGAUUCACAUCUAGUAUAUUAGUAGGUCCUCGUCGGGGAUUUCGAAUAUCAAAGAGUUCACCUCCUUAGCCUUCGCCACAGCUUGAAUCAUCAUCAUCGCUCCGUGAACACACUUGAAGUGUAGUCUAGAAAAGUCCAUUGGAAUCUGAAAAGGUAUCCGAUAGUCCCAGCACGAGAAAAGUAGCGGUACCGUCGUCGUACCUAUCACCCCCAAUUCCCAAUCAAUGGGCCAUCUCGACCCUCCACCGCCCCGAACCCAGCGGCGGAACCUGCUCCAGCGACGCCACCUCGUAGGAACCAGCAUCCUCCUCACCCUCGCCGUCCUCGUCCUCCUCUGCUACACGCGCUCCUCACCAACCUCCCUCUCCGCCUCUCUCUCCCUCCCACCAAACCCCUUCGCACCAAUGGCGCACCCCGACUCAGCCCUCCCCUCGCUCACACACCCACGCCUCCUAGCCGACCUCCCCUCCUCCGCGCUCCCCAAGCCCGACAAGCCGGGCCGCCUCAUCGUGAUCGGCGACGUGCACGGCCAGCUGUCCGCGCUCGACGCGCUCCUCGCGAAGACCGGGUACGACGCCGCGCGCGGCGACCGCGUCGUGUUCGCGGGAGACAUGGUGAACAAGGGGCCCGACAGCGCCGGCGUGGUGAGCCGCGCCAUGGAGAUCGGCGCGUACGCCGUGCGCGGGAACCACGAGGACCGCGUGCUGCGGGCGUGGAGGAAGAUGCAUAGGAAGGGUGGAAAGGGUGGGCGGAAGCAUGCGACGAGGGAGACGGAGACAGAGAUGGAGAGGCGGGCGGAGGAGGAAAGUAGUUCGGGAGAGGAGGCGGAAGGGGAAGAAGAAGAAGUCUCCAAGUCCUCGGCCCUCGACCGCUCUACUGCCGCCACCCUGACCACCGCGCAAGUCGCCUGGCUCGCGAAGCUGCCCGUGAUCCUGCGCGUCGGCACCGUAGCCCCUCGCUACGGCGACGUGAUCGUCGUGCACGCGGGCCUAGUCCCAGGCGUCCCACUCGAAGAACAAGACCCGUGGGCCGUCAUGAACAUGCGGACCCUAAUCUCGCGCCCGCGCUCGCACUCCGCCUCUUCCCCUUCCCCCGACUCAAACUCGGCUACAAACCCCGACGCGCCAUCCCUCGAAUCACUCUCCCUUUCAACCUCGCGAAAACACGCGCCCUUCAAACCGAGCGAGGGCCGCGAAGGCCGGCCGUGGGCCAAGGUGUGGAACGAGGCGCAGAAGGAGGACGCGAGGACCGAGAAGGAGGGCAAGGGCAAGGGCAAGAAUAAGGACAAGGAGGAAAAGGGCCGCCGGACGACGGUGAUUUACGGCCACGACGCCAAGGUCGGGCUCAGCAUACGGCGGUACGCGUUCGGGCUAGACAGCAGCUGCGUCAAGGGCGGCGAUCUGACAGCGCUCGUGUUCGAGUCCGUCUCCGCCUCAACCUCAACUCCUACGUCCGAUCCGGUCUACACGGAUCAAGACAGCGGCAGCGACGAGGAUGAGGACGAGGACGUACGCGAACAAGCGAAGAAAAACGGCAUAACGCACCGGAUCGUCAGCGUGCCUUGCGAGGACGGGACGGACGACGGAAAAGGGGGGAAGGGAGAAAAGAAGAAAGAUGAGAGCAAGCAUAAGGAUAAGGGGAAAGAUGAGAAGAAGCAUAAAGACCAUAAAUAAUAGAGGUAGGAAUAAUUAUAAUAUUUGCCUAGUUUUGAGCAAUCAGGGGUUUUGGGGGUUUGGCGAUUAGAACGCGUUUAGAUGGAUGAAAACAUUGAAUGGUGCAUUGUGGUUUUUCUAUCACACCUGAGGACAUUUUAUGUAUAUACCCAAGUACAUACGGGGAUUGCAUAGCGAUUGGGGUUUUCCAUUUCUGCUAAGGAGUAUACUGUCUACAUACAUUACCAACAUUACAAGUGGGAGCAUCCAUGGAUUUGACAGCAUCCGACAG